UUUUAACGCCCCGUGUGUGCGGUCUUUGACGCUCGUUGCCGUCAUCCAUCAAAACUACGAUAUCAAUAUUUUACAACCUUAACGUAAAGUGGAAAUGUUGGAUUAAGUGCAUCGAGCUUGGAGAGAGAGCCAUGGCACGCUUUGUGCUGGCCAGCGGGGCACUGCUCUGCGUGCUCAGCGCGGCGAUGCAGACGAGCGCGCUCACGGUGUUGCCGCAUGACGUCCGCCCCGGCCACGCCGUACGCCAUUUCGAAGGAAACUACUCCCGCUAUACGCUGCUGGAUCCUGAAUACGCAUCUUACUUCACUCUACUCGAUGAUGGACUCCUGAUGACCACUGCAGAUUUGGCGCCUCUACUCGAUCAAUCCUUGAACCUUGCCAUUUUAGAACAGACUCCGUUUAGCAGUUCAGCUCAUUCGGUACAUCUACUUGUAGUAGAUCGCCGAAAAAUGCUUAGUUUUGCGACUAACGGACUUCACGGUGAAAUUCCAGAAAAUGCACCAGCUGGUACUGCUGUGGAUCUUCCCCCAAUUAAAGCUGCCGCACCACUCAAUGUGGGGCCUGUGGCAUACAAAAUAAUAAAAGGCAACGAAAAUUCCUUAUUUGCCUUGCGCGAAAAAACGAAGACCGGUAUACCUGAAGUAGCAUCCGUUAUUAGUGACGGAGAUGUGGAAAUAAUAGCAAUGAGGCCUUUAGACGCUGAGGAUACGAAAUCUUAUGACUUAACACUGCAAGCAACAGAUUUGAGAGGCAGUAACAAAGCGAACCUCGCUGUCAGAAUAGAUGUAACCAAUGAGAAUGAUCACGAGCCUAUUUUCGAGCAGGAUAUUUAUUACUUUGCUGUGAAUGGAAGUUUGGAUCAAAACUGUGAUAACGAAACAGCACAUUGGCAAAGGUUUUCAAACAUCGGUAAAGUUCAUGCUUACGAUGCUGACGGAGAUCGAGUGUAUUACUCAUUGAAAACACCCAGCAACUUGGCGGUUAUUGUGCCACAAACAGGCGAAUUGAUACUAGCGGGAGAGCCCGACGGCCACGAAGCUGAGUUAGAAGUUCUUGCCCAUGAUACGGGCUCGCCGCCGCGAAAAAGUCGACCAGCUCAAGUCUUUCUAGAAUUCGUGGUGCAUAAUAAAAAAGAUCUUCCAGCAUUGCGUCGUCAGAAACGACGUGUCACCCGCGCGGUGAGGCCGACGAAGCGCAUUGAGUUUACCGAGGCGGAUGGGGAAGUCGAAGGACGUGCGGUAUUCACGCUCGAAAAGGAAACUGAUCGCGAAACAUUUAAAAUUCGGGACGAAAAUCCGUGGGUCACUGUUGAACCAAGUGGUGUAGUGAAAGUUAAAAAGAAGUGGGACUAUGAGGAGUUGGGACCUGAGAAAACGAUCGACUUUUGGGUAACCAUCACCAACGCUGGAAAUGGAGAUACGGAUAAUCAACGGGUUAUCAUUCACGUGAAGGAUGUAAAUGACGAGCCACCUUACUUCAUCAAUCGACCAUUACCGAUGCAGACAGUAGUUCAACUCAACGCAGCUCCUAAUACACCAGUCUUCACACUACAAGCUAGGGAUCCAGAUACGGACCACAAUAUUCACUACUUCAUUGUUAGAGACCGGACCGGAGGGCGAUUUGAAGUGGACGAGAGGUCGGGCGUCGUCCGCACGAGGGGAACGGAUCCUUUCCAAUUGGAUAUGGAAUACGUCCUGUAUGUCAAGGCCGAAGAUCAGAGCGGUCGUGUUGAUGAGAGGCGGUUUCAAUCGACACCGGAGGAAAGGCUGAGCAUCGUGGGCGGGAAACGCGCGCCGCAGUUUUAUCUAUCCAACUACGAAACAGAGAUAGCUGAGAACCAAAAGAAAGAUUCGGAUAUAAUAUCUGUGAAAGCGAAAUCGUUCGCGGACCGAGAGAUUCGGUACACAUUGAAAGCGCAAGGGCAAGGCGCGGGCACUUUCAACAUCGGACCGACUUCGGGCAUCGUGAAGCUGGCGAAAGAACUCGACUUUGAGGAUCUACGGCAGCCGCACGUGUAUUCACUUGUCGUCACUGCCACUGAAGAUUCUGGUGGAUUCUCCACUUCUGUAGAGUUGACGAUUCGUGUGACUGAUGUUAACGACAACGCGCCCAAAUUCGAGCUGCCAGACUACCAAGCGCACAACGUGGACGAGGACAUCGCGAAAGGCACCAGUAUCCUCAAGGUCAAAGCCAUGGACGCCGACUCCGGGAAGAAUGCAGAAAUUGAAUAUUUGGUUUCAGAUGACCACUUUGCUGUAGAUAACAAUGGUAUAAUAACAAAUAAUAAACAAUUGGACGCAGAUAACAAUAAUGCAUACUAUGAAUUUGUCGUCACCGCUAGAGAUAAAGGAGAACCGGCAAAAACCGGUACAGCCACAGUCCGUGUUUAUACUAAAAACAAAAAUGACGAAGAACCAAAAUUCUCCCAGCAAGUAUACACUCCAAAUGUCGACGAAAACGCUGGACCAAAUACUUUAGUAACAACAGUUGUGGCUUCAGAUAAAGAUGGUGACAAUGUACGUUUUGGUUUUGUCGGUGGAGGGACGAGUUCUGGACAAUUUGUUAUUGAAGAAAUCACUGGUGUAAUUCGAUUGCACAAUAAGCCUAUAUCAUUAGACAGGGAUAAGUAUGAACUGAAUGUAACUGCAAUGGACGACGGUGCAUGUUGCGUCAAUGGAGACACGACUAUACAUACGUCAACUGCUGUUGUAGUUGUGUUCAUAACGGAUGUAAACGAUAACAAGCCUAUAUUCAAAGAUUGUCCAACAUACUUUCCUAAAGUCGAAGAAGGUGCUCCAAAUGGAAGUCCCGUUAUAAAAGUACACGCGACUGAUGAAGACAAAGGUGUUAAUGGGCAAGUUAAGUAUUCAAUUGUUCAACAACCAAAUCAGAAAGGUACCAAGUUUACUGUUGAUGAAGAAACUGGCGAAGUUUCUACGAACAAGGUAUUCGAUAGGGAGGGUGAUGAUGGAAAAUUUGUAUCGGUCACGGUAAAAGCUACGGAUCAGGGCGAACCAUCGUUGGAAGGUGUUUGCUCUUUCACGGUAGAAAUAACUGAUGUUAAUGAUAAUCCUCCACUAUUCGAUCGACAAAAAUAUGUGGAAAAUGUAAAACAAGACGCCAGCAUAGGCACUAAUAUACUAAGGGUUUCUGCGUCCGAUGAGGAUGCUGACAAUAACGGUGCAAUAGUUUACACAUUAACUGCGCCGUAUAAUCCAGCCGAUAUAGACUACUUUGAAAUUCAACCCGAAUCGGGUUGGAUAGUACUUAAAAAACCUUUAGACCGGGACAGGUAUCGACUGCGCGUGCGUGCCUCCGACAGAGGCGACCCGCCCUCCUCUGCAGACGUGGACGUUGAAUUAGACGUGGUAGACAGGAACAAUAAGCCCCCCAUCUGGGACAUGUCCACGUAUGGCCCCGUUCACAUCAAAGAGAAUGUCACAGUGGGUACCGUAGUGACCAGUGUGAAAGCAAGUUCUGGAAUUGAGAAUAACCCGACAGUGUUUUAUCGCCUGAUGCCCGGCUCCACCGCUCAAACAAACAAGUUUCAUACAUUUUACUUGCAACAAAGAUCCGAUAACGGAUUUACGUGGGCAGAUAUAAAAGUCAAUCAUCCGUUAGACUACGAAAGUAUCAAGGAGUACAAUUUAACUAUUCGAGUGGAGAACAAUGGAGCACAGCAGCUUGCAUCUGAGACGACGGUCUACAUAAUGCUUGAAGACGUCAACGAUGAGAUCCCGCUGUUCACGGAACGCGAGCAAGAGACGGUACUGGAAGGCGAGCCCAUCGGCACCAAGGUCACGCAGGUCAACGCCAUCGACAAGGAUGGAACGUUCCCGAACAAUCAAGUGUAUUACUACAUCGUGGAUUCGCCGCGCAACGAGGGCAAGGACUUCUUCGAGAUCAGCAUGCAGACUGGAGAGAUCUUUACGAAGGUGGUGUUCGACAGAGAGAAGCAGGGAGCUUACGCACUGGAGGUGGAGGCACGCGACGGAGCGCCCUCGGCCCGACCGAACUCCGACAAUCAACCAAAUUCAGGGAAGCACAUAUUAUUAUAA